GGAAGUGACGGCGCGCUGUGUGACUGAGAGGUGACUGCCGUGCGCUGUGGCAGCGAUGAUGUCCGGCCCAGCUGGAGGGUCCAGUUGGAUUUACAUUCUACUGCUCGGCGCUUUCCGAGUCAGUAUCGCCGCCGAGGUGUCAAAAUGGAGUAUACCUGUUACGGAGCUUGUUUCUAAUUAUACCUUAAGGAAGACUCUUUUCAAUGACACAACAAUUUCCUUACACUUUUACAGUGAAAGUGGAUGUGAUUCUUCGCUGUCUUUUAAUAUCUCGUGGUACCUCAGGUAUUCACACUGCUACAAUGAAGUGUUCAACCUGCCAGAUGAGCAGAGUAAUGUAUACUUUGAAAGUAACAGAGAAAUCAAUCCAGGAUGGUCUGGAAGCUAUGCUCAAAAUCACUUCAUUGUUGAGAACUGCACAGAGCUCUUUAAGCCACAGACCUAUAACCCAUCUUUGAUCCAGGUGAAGAAAUUGGAGCCUCUGAAAGGGAAUCCAAUAAACACACAAGAGAAUGACAAAGGCAACAGAACGGUGGGAACUGUUUCACCUCCUGUCCCUGGACAUGAAGUUCCUGGCAUAUUUAGAAGUUGGGAAGAUGGACCAUAUUUGUUCAUAAUUAAAAUCAAAGCAUUACAAAGAAAGAAUCAAGAAAGCAAUAAAGAAAGCAAAUCCACAGGAAAAGCAAAUGAUCCAGUGAUGAAUGCUACCAAGGACAAGCCAAAGGCAAAAAGGGAGGCUGCAGCAGCAAAACAGGCCGGGUUGUCACUCACAAUGGUUGUUGAAAUGAAAGGACAGAAUGAGUACAUCUCCCCAGCAGACUGGCCUCUCAUGAUGUUUUUUAUGGUGAUGUGUAUUGUCUACGUGCUGUUUGGAGCGCUGUGGCUUUUUUGGUCUGCCUGUUACUGGAGGGACCUGUUGCGCAUCCAGUUCUGGAUUGGUGCAGUUAUCUUCCUGGGAAUGUUGGAGAAGGCAGUCUUUUACGCAGAGUAUCAGAAUAUCCGCUACAAGGGCGAGUCAGUGCAAGGAGCAGUGAUUUUUGCAGAAUUACUGUCAGCGUUGAAGCGUUCCUUGGCUCGUGUUCUGGUUAUUAUAGUCAGUCUUGGAUAUGGAAUUGUGAAGCCUCGUUUGGGAGCUAUGCUGCACAGGGUCAUUGGUGUUGGCAUCCUUUAUUUAAUUUUCUCAGCAAUAGAAGGCAAUCUUCGAGCUACUGCAGAGAAUUUCGACCUGGCCCUUUUGGCUUUUAUCCCUCUGGCUGUUCUCGACACUGCUCUCUGCUGGUGGAUUUUUAUCAGCUUGACCCAAACAAUGAAGAUGCUAAAACUUAGAAGGAAUGUUGUGAAGCUGUCCUUAUACAGACAUUUCACAAACACACUUAUCUUCGCUGUCAUAGCGUCAAUAUUUUUCAUCAUUUGGACAACAAAGAAAUUCCGGCUUGCAGACUGUCAAUCGGACUGGAGAGAACGGUGGAUAGAUGAUGCAUUCUGGCGAUUGCUCUUUUCUGUCAUCCUGUUGGUCAUAAUCAUCUUGUGGAGGCCAUCGGCAAACAACCAAAGGUUUGCCUUCACUCCUCUUGCCGAUGAUGAUUAUGACGAAGAAGUUAAGGAGCCAAUGCUUAAUGAAGCUUUUGAGGGAAUGAAGAUGCGAGGUACAAAAGCAGAAUCUAAUGGCACUGCAAAACUAAAUAAAGUGGACGAAGAUCUGAAGUGGGUUGAGGAGAAUGUCCCAUCUUCCAUGGCAGAUGUAGCUCUUCCUGCCCUCCUGGACUCAGAUGAGGAAAUUAUGACUACAAAAUUUGAGAUUUCGAAAAUGGAAUGAAAAUGGAACGAAAACACUACUCUUGUAUUUGAAGCAAUAGCUAUUGAGAGUACACCUUCAGUCUGCACAAAGGCACUGGAAUUGUACAAUGUCACAUAAUUUCAGUAGGGUUGGGUGGGUGGAAGAGUGUAUUUUAUAUGUUGCUGAAGUUACAUUCUGAAUUUUGUUUUUAAAACCAAGUAAGUUAUUUUGCACGUACUUGCCAUAGAUUUGGAUGGGCUUAUACUUUUUUUGGGGGUAAAUCUAAGCUGCUCUACUAUAACUGUUCUUAACAAAGCUGGUCCACAAAGGGUAGGGCAAAAGUUGCCCUGUUGCCCUUCCUCGUUCCCUUAUAAUCCAUCCUGCCAAAUGAAGUGGAAAAGCUGUCUUUGUAUUCCAAUAUUCUUCUAGCCUGCAACAUGAAGGCAUGGUACUUGUGGUGUUCUGCAGCCACUUGUCAACUGUAGCUCUCAAGUGGGUGGGUUUCCAUUGCCCAUAUUAUAUGAGAUUGUUCCUCCCUGAAUUUAUUUUGUGCACAAUGUCUGGAGAAGGGGUGAGCUUUCUAGACACUGGACUGUAAGUUACCGAUUGCUAGCUGUGCUGGCACCUUGAACAGUUAUUCCAAUUUCAUUAGGAAUGGUGUUAAAAUGAAGUUUUGUAAACUUGGUUUGAAAGGGUUUAGUAAAACUAUCAACGGAGCUUUAUUGUGAUCUUGUUUCAGAUUAAAUAAAAAAUAGGCUUUAAGUUCUA